GAGGAGGACAUUGAUGUGCAACAUCACCGCCAUAUUGUUGAAGGCAUGACAGAUUAUGAGCUACGUCGCCGUACUUGCCUUGCUCUUCGCCAAUUAACCAAGUGUUAUCAGUAUCAAGAUUCCGUUCAUCGCUUUUCUGCUUCUCCUCCUGCUGUUGAUGCGAUUAGUAUGGCUGUGUUUCCAGGAGAGUGUUUUGGCCUACUUGGUGUUAAUGGUGCUGGAAAGACGACUUUACUUCGUAUGAUUACCGGUGACCUUGAUCCGACUCAGGGACAAAUAUAUGUAAAUGGAUUCCAGCUUGCCAGCCAGUUGAGAGAGGCACAACAAUCUAUGGGCUAUUGCCCCCAGUUCGAUGCACUGCUGGAUUACCUCACGGGUAGGGAGACACUUCAGCUAUUUGGUCGGUUGCGCGGAAUGAAAGAGCCACUUCUUGUUGAAGAAAUCAAUUAUCUUUUGCGAGCGCUCCACCUUUCUUCUCAUGCGAAUACUCUUGUACGGCAUUAUAGCGGUGGUAAGCGGCGUCGCCUAAGUGCUGCAGUAGCCCUGGUCGGUGGAACGCCUUUGAUCUGUCUCGAUGAACCAACUACAGGUGUGGAUCCGGUGUCACGCCGCCGUAUGUGGAACCUUUUCCAGCACUGUUGCCGAUUGGGACGCACUAUAUUGCUUACAUCACAUAGUCAGAACAGUCCUGGAUUUUCUUAG